ACGAGCGGGCGUGACUCAGCGGGGAUUCAGGGGGAACUCAAACCUCACGUGGGGGUUUCCGUCAGGGGCGGUACUCGCUGUAGAGGCAGAGGAGUAUUUUACAGUUUUACAGUGAGACAUCAGACGAAACAACCACAGAAGCAGUAUUCAGACCUAGGGAGCUACUGAGAGGUGAAACGUUGAAUUCGGGCAUACGAUUCAGAGUGUGCACUUGUAUGAGAGAAAGAGUUCUGACUGUGUCUAGUUUGACUUCUCUGUCGCUGUCUCUCGGCGGCUUGACUUGUGUUUAAUCUACUUUGUAUGUACACACUGUUUUGAGACUUAAUCAAUGCUUCAUCAACUCAAAGAUGCAGCCAAGGGGCUGCUGCGAUGGCUGCGCUCUCGGGAGUCCUCGGAGCCGGAGAGCAAAACACGCGAGAUGUCAGUGGAGGAAGGGAAAGCCUUGGCGCAUCGGUUCCAGGUGAUCGAGUCAUGCGUGGGACUGUUGGGCUGUUUGUUUGUGAUGGUCGCAGUGUGGACUCCUUUCUGGCUAGGUAGCCAAGGACUCUGGACAGUGGUCAACACCACCAGCUCCGACAACGAGUGGACUGUCCAGGACAGGGGCUGGACAGGAGACAGAGUUAUCAAAGCACUGAGCGAGUCUUCGCGGGUCUUCGCAGUGCUGGCUUUCGUGAUGGCUGUCUGCUCGGGAGUUCUGUGCCUCAUCUUCGCCCUCUGCUGGACACACGACACGGUGCACACAUACACCAACGCCCGCUCUCUCCUCAUGGUAGGGACAGCUCUCAAGCCCACCACUCUGCUGCUCAUCACCCUUAGUUUAACAGGUCCGUGGUCCCUUCACCUCCUGCCUCCACACAUGAUGCAGUCCUAUUGGCUGGGGCCUGGGUUCUCCGAGGGCUAUGACACCAUCCUGCCUUACAUACCAGUCGCCACUCCGAGGCUAUGA